CUAUUAUUCCAAUAACGGACCAGACAAAAAGGAAUACGUAGAACUGUUUAAGUAGUACAUGUUAUGGCUAAUUAUAGGGGUUUUUUACGAUAUGGUUGUUUUCACAUUCACAAAAACUCAGGGAUUUACAUGUCAUGUUAUAAGAAGGUGCAACGGUCAGUUUCAUCAAUUGUAAGAGAUAAGCUUUUUGAUAAAAUUCUGAUUGCAAAUCGUGGAGAAAUUGCUUGUCGGGUUAUAAAAUCAUGCAAACGACUUGGAAUUAAAUCUGUUGCAAUAUUUAGUGAAGCUGAUCGUUAUGCUCUUCAUACAAAAAUGGCAGAUGAAAGUUAUUGUGUUGGGCCUGCUCCCUCAGGUGAAAGUUAUCUCAACAUGGAAGCAAUAUUGAAUGCCAUCAAAUCAACUGGGGCCCAGGCUGUUCACCCAGGAUAUGGUUUCUUGUCUGAAAAUAUGCAUUUUGUAAAAUUAUUGGAAGACAAUGGUAUUGUUUUUAUUGGUCCAAAUUCUUAUUCAAUUCAAGCUAUGGGAGACAAAAUAGAAAGUAAAAUAGUGGCAAAGAAAGCUGGUGUCAAUAUAAUUCCUGGAUUCAAUAAAGUUGUAAAGAAUGAUGAAGAAGCUAUAAAACUUGCUAAAGAAAUAGGUUAUCCAGUCAUGAUAAAGGCUUCUGCUGGUGGUGGUGGAAAGGGUAUGAGAAUUGCCUGGAACGACCAUGAAGUCAGAGAUGGGUUUCGUUUGUCUUCACAAGAAGCCAAGUCAAGUUUUGGUGAUGAUCGUUUACUGAUAGAGAAGUUUAUUGACAAUCCAAGACAUAUUGAAUUUCAGGUUGUUGGGGAUAAACAUGGAAAUUGUAUUCACCUUAAUGAACGAGAAUGCUCCAUUCAGCGUAGGAAUCAAAAGGUUGUUGAAGAAGCUCCAAGUGUUUUUAUUGAUCCAGAUUUGAGAAAAGCCAUGGGUGACCAAGCGAUUGCUUUAGCAAAAGCAGUCAAUUACGACUCUGCUGGAACAGUUGAAUGUCUUGUUGAUUCGGAAAAAAACUUUUACUUUCUUGAAAUGAAUACACGACUACAAGUUGAACAUCCCGUUACAGAAUACAUUACAGGAGUUGAUCUUGUUGAGGAAAUGAUACGAGUUGCAGCAGGUCAUCAACUCCAAUAUAAACAAACUGACAUUGGAAUAAAAGGUUGGGCCGUAGAAAGUCGUGUGUAUGCUGAGGAUCCAUUUAAAAAUUUUGGUUUGCCAUCAAUAGGGAGAUUAAGUAGAUAUAAAGAACCAACGCACAUUCCAAAUGUUCGAAUAGACAGUGGUAUCAUAGAAGGAAGUGAAAUAAGUAUUUAUUAUGAUUCGCUCAUUUCCAAGUUGACAACCUACGGCGAAACACGAGAGAAAGCUUUGAAAACUAUGACUGAAGCUCUUGAUACUUAUGAAAUACGAGGUUUAAUCAGCAACAUUUCGUUAUUGAGAGAUGUCGUCACCCAUCCUAAUUUUAUUUCUGGCGAUAUUUCAACAAAGUUUUUCGAAAAGCAUUAUCCUGAUGGUUUUAAGGGAAAACAGCUGAACAGAGAUGAAGUGAACGAAUUGACAGCCACAGCUUGUUAUUUGUUCAUACUUCGUGAAAAUAGACAGAAACACUUUUUAAAUCAUACAAGGAAUAAUUUUGGGUUUACAGACAAAAGCAGGUGGACGCUUUUUGUGCUGGUAAAUGAUGAGAAAUACAAAGUGAACGUUGAUCGAAAUUUUGAUAGCUAUCUGAUGAAUAUCGACGGAACUUGUGUGAAAUUCCAUUCCUCGUCUAACCUUGCAUCAAAUCUUGUAGAAGCAACAAUAAAUGAGAAAAAGGUCUUUGUACAGAGUUUGUCAAGAAAUGGUCAAAAUAUCAAACUUCAACAUUAUGGAUCAAAGUUUGAUGUCAUCGUGAUGAAUGAAACUCAGAAUGAUUACUCACGAAAUAUGAAAGAAAAACCAAAGGAGGAUUUGACGCCAUUUUUGGAUUCACCAAUGCCAGGCACAGUGAUCUCAGUUACAUGUGAACCAGGACAAGAGGUAGCUGAAGGUCAAGAGGUUUGUGUUGUUGAAGCUAUGAAAAUGCAAAAUAGUUUAUGCGUUCAGAAAUCUGGCCGGAUUAAAAAAGUGAACUGUAAACCAGGAGAUAAAAUAUUGGAAGGUGAUCGACUUAUUGAGCUCGAGUAACACUGACUUUUAAAGAAACUUUGCUAAACUGGAGUGAUCCAUAAACACAAGAAAAAACAACACUUUCCUUUUCAGACAAUAUUUGAAGUGAAGAAAUUUAAGCAACAAUAAUUUUCUUUUAUCAUGUGAAUAAUUAAAAAUGCAUUGUUUCAAAUAUUAUAGUUCAACAAUGAAGGAAAAUAUGAUAUGACUAACCGAUGCAGCACAAUACUGUACUUACGUACGAUAAUUAUGUACGCGUAUAAAUGAUUAUGAUUGUUGUAAUGUUUAUUUGUUUGUGUGAAUUGUGAAUAUUUAGUUUCAAAUGCUAAAAUUAAACAGUGCAUGAUUGUGAAUGAAUAUUAA